AUGUAUGCCGUUGACCAGGAACUCGACCGACUGGAAAAUUUGAAUAUCAUCACCCCAGUCGAAUAUUCGGAGUGGGCUGCUCCGAUCGUUGUCGUCCGUAAAGCCAAUGGUUCCAUUCGAAUUUGUGGAGACUAUUCCACGGGGCUUAACGCUGCGCUCCAACCAAAUCAGUAUCCACUUCCCCUACCGGACGAUAUCUUCGCCAAGCUGACUAACUGUAAGGUGUUCAGCCAGAUCGAUUUGUCCGACGCUUUUUUGCAGGUGGAAGUCGACGAACAGUACCGUAAGUUGCUAACCAUCAAUACGCAUCGUGGCCUCUACUCCUACAACCGCCUCCCGCCGGGUGUGAAGAUCGCACCUGGUGCCUUCCAGCAGCAAAUCGAUGCAAUGAUAGCCGGUCUGCAGUGCACGUGUGGCUACCUCGAUUACGUCAUCGUCGGCGGAAAAACUGAAGAAGACCACGAUCGCAAUUUGCGGGCUGUUCUAAAACGAAUUCAGGAUUUCGGGUUCACCAUUCGAGUCGAUAAAUGCACCUUCCGCAAGCAGCAAGUGCAGUACGUGGGUCAUAUUGUCGACAGUCGCGGUUUACGUCCAGAUCCGGCCAAAAUCGAAGUGAUAUCCAAGCUGCCGCCUCCAACCGAUGUAUCCGGUGUGCGAUCAUUUUUUGGGGCUAUCAACCACUACGGCAAGUUUGUUCCCAAUAUGCGCAAGUUACGAUAUCCGCUGGACAACCUUCUCAAGGACGAUGCGAAGUUCCAGUGGACUGAUGAGUGCCAGAGAGCGUUCGAGCACUUCAAACAAAUACUCUCCUCGGAUCUACUUCUCACACAUUAUGAUCCGAAGCGGAAGAUCAUUGUCUCUACCGACGCUUCUUCCGUUGGGCUCGGGGCAACGAUUAGCCACAAGUUCCCCGACGGCACAAUCAAAGUCGUCCAACAUGCUUCCAGAGCACUCACAAAAGCUGAAUAA